AUGCAGUGGUCGGCUACCCCGGCAGAAAGCUGCGGGAAUUCAUGGAGGCAAUUGCCUCUCGCGGAGAAUAUUAAAGGUAUUUCGGAUAAUAAUAUGAGGAAACAAACAGUAGAACGAAACAUAUCAAGCAGCUUUCCACAUUUGCCGCAAUGCAACUCGAGCCGCGACUUUGAAGACAUUCCUUUGGAGGAAGCUUUUCCUGAAAAGGCGAAUGAAGAACACCAACGAUCAUGGGACUCUUACGGUCUAUAUAAACAACAGAAGACGCUCUUUGACCCUGAUCAACCUAUAGAAGGAGGCGGGGGCUCUUCACCGGCUAAGGUAGAAAAGGAGAAGAAGUCUGGUGACUUACUGCAACAAAUACUGUCGAUGGUUUCGUUUCAGAAGCGCCUUCUUGGAACUCUGUUUUGUUUUUCUCUUCCACUGCUCAUGUUUAUAGGAUGGAGUCCUUAUGACGUCCGAGCGCGUUGUUUAUACGUGAUUGCAGUGAUGGUUUUAUGUUGGCUUUCAAAUUGCUUAGACCCGUACGCCGUUGCGUUGCUUCCUUUUGUUUUAUUUCCCGGUCUUAAGGUUGCAUCGGUCAGUAUGGUGGCUUCUUCAUACAUGAACUCAGUGAGUUUUCUUAUCUUUGGGGCCAGUAUGAUGGCUGCAGCACUGCAGCGCGUGAAGUUGAAUGUUGCAGCAGCAAACUGGCUGAUGCGUAUCUCGCCUAGACAUCCGGAGGAUUUGGCUUUAUGUCUCAUGUUGACUUGCUUCGCCGUCUCUACUUCACUUAGUAACACUGGAACCAUGUUGAUUUUCUGUCCUAUUAUCGAUCUUAUGGUUAGAGGGCUGAAGCCUCAGCAACUCCAAGGGGGAAGCGGAAGCCCCUCUGCAAGUGAAGGAGAAUCAACAGGUUCUACUGCAGCUAACAGAGACGCCAGCGGCAAUCUCAGGGCACAUGAGGGCGACUUAGAGAGCGCAACAACACUGCAGCAGCAGCAGCAGCAGCAGCAGCAACAGCAGCAGCAGGAAGAACAGCGCCGCAACCCUGCAGAUUCAGAGAGGCUAGCAGCUGUUUCAGAGAAGGCUAGUACGAGCUGCGUUGCAAAAUAUCCAACAGAACCAUUAAAUGCCUUGGGAGUAGCUGAGCCUUCUCCUGUCUCUACAGCAGAGCAUCUAUAUUCAGGGGUAGAGGGGCCUCUACCUACACUCGAAGAAGAGAUAUUGCAUGAGACUCCUUCUUUGCGGCGUAUACGAAACUUUUUGUUUAUUGGCUGUGCAUAUGCAGCAACUUUAGGGGGAUCAGCAACAAUAACAGGCUCUACAAGCAACGCUAUCUUUCUUGCUGUACUUGAUGCAAUGUAUUCAACAGCCCCAGGGGGUUCGUCUGCUGCUAAUCCUGUUACUUACACCACAUGGCUGCUUGUUUCUCUUCCUCUUGCAUUUAUACAGCUUUUUAUUGUUUGGAUUUCACUUAGUGGCCUCUGGAUGGGCCCCAAGACGACGCUGCAUGCACUCGCGAGGCUUGCGCGCUGCUGCAUGCAGCCCCUCAAACUCUGUUUCUCUUGCUGCAGCAGAAGCAACACAUGCAUGCGGAGCAGCAGCAGGCAGUCAGCAGCAACAGCAAGAGAAGCAGCAGCAGCACAUGCAGGGGAAGAAUCUCUCGGGGGUCUCGUGACAGAUAAGAGAGGCACCGGAAGAAAGGGAGAUCCAGCAUCAGCAGCAGCAGCAGCAGCAGCAGCAGCAGCAGCAGCAAACGCAUGCACAGAGAAGUACCCAGAGUUAUACUGGGCCCGAGUGUAUGUAAUCGCUGCGUGGGUGUUAUUAAUAUCUCUCUGGCUGUCUCGACGCACUAUUAUUCAGAGCCUUCCAGGGUGGGGGGUUCCUUGGGAAGGGUUUGUUGAUGAUAGCUGGCCUGCAGUGUCUGUACCUCUUUGUCUUUGGUUUGCUCCGCUGCAUUCAAGAUGUUCAAAGCCUUCUUUCGUUCGAGCUAUAGAUGCGCCUGUUGCUCUCUGGAGAAGAAGAAGAAAACAAACGAGGGGUCGGGUCAACGUUGAAGAAACUGCGAGUGCUGCUCAGUUACCGUUGGGGCCUCUUCAGCGUGCUGCUGCUGCUUCUGCUCCUGCUGCUCCUGCUGCUGCAGCACCAGCAACACAACCAUCAUCAGCAGCAACAGCAGCAACAGCAGCAGCAGGAGGAGCAGCAGCAGCAGGAGGAAGCGUUCAAGCAGUUAAGCCGUUUGAAGGAAUAUUAACAUUUUCUGUUAUUGAGAAGGAGAUGGAUUGGGGUUUAUUAUUUCUGCUGGGUAGCGGCUUUGUUAUUGCAAGUGUUUCGCACGUAUGCGGGCUCGAGCUGGUUUUGCUACAACGCUGGGAUUCUUACUCCCCGUCAGCACCGCCUCUAAUGCAGUAA